UUUGCAACCCAAAGAAAACAUAAUUUGCCAUUUUGCCAUUUUGCCCUAUAAUUGUCAUACACACAACAAGAAGACACCGCGAGCCGAGAGAAAAUCCCCCAACCCCCAGCAAAACUCAACCUUGAAAAGGCGGCAAAAAUGGCGUCAGGCUCGGUGGUGCCGGCAAACAGAGGGCGGAGAAACCACACCGAAGACGAGAAGCUACAGUUCGAGGCGACAGAAGGCAUCGAACCAAUAACCAGCUUCGAAAGAAUGGGGAUUAAAGACGACCUUUUGCGCGGGAUCUUUGCUUAUGGAUUUGAGAAGCCGUCUGCAAUUCAACAGAGGGCUGUUAUGCCGAUUAUUCAAGGUCGUGAUGUUAUUGCCCAAGCCCAGUCUGGUACUGGAAAAUCUUCCAUGAUUUCCCUUGCUGUUUGUCAGAUGGCUGAUACUUCUACUCGAGAGGUCCAAGCAUUAAUCUUGUCGCCCACUCGGGAGCUGGCUACUCAAACAGAAAAAGUAAUAAUGGCCAUCGGUCUCCACAUGAAUAUACAAGCUCAUGCAUGCGUUGGAGGGAAAAGUGUGGGCGAGGAUAUCAGGAAAUUGGAGUACGGAGUUCAUGUUGUUUCAGGAACCCCAGGUAGAGUUUGUGAUAUGAUCAAGAGGAGAACACUAAGAACCCGAAAUAUCAAGCUCUUAAUUCUUGAUGAGUCUGAUGAGAUGUUGAGCAGAGGUUUUAAGGACCAAAUUUAUGAUGUAUAUCGUUACCUUCCACCAGAGCUUCAGGUUGUGCUGAUCUCUGCCACUCUCCCCAAUGAAAUUCUGGAGAUUACCAGCAAAUUUAUGACAGAUCCUGUUAAAAUCCUUGUAAAACGUGAUGAAUUGACUUUAGAGGGCAUCAAGCAAUUCUUUGUUGCGGUUGAGCAGGAAGAUUGGAAGUUCGAUACCCUUUGUGAUCUUUAUGAUACUCUCACAAUUACUCAAGCCGUGAUCUUCUGCAAUACUAAACGGAAGGUGGAUUGGCUGACUGAGAAGAUGCGCAACAAUAACUUCACUGUUUCAUCAAUGCACGGAGAUAUGCCACAGAAAGAGCGCGAUGCUAUAAUGAAGGAGUUCCGUGAUGGCGACACUCGUGUUUUGAUCACAACAGAUGUUUGGGCACGUGGAAUUGAUGUCCAGCAGGUUUCAUUGGUUAUCAACUAUGAUUUACCUAACAAUCGUGAACUUUAUAUUCAUCGGAUUGGUCGCUCUGGUCGUUUUGGACGCAAGGGUGUUGCUAUUAACUUCGUGAAGAAGGAUGACAUCAGGAUUCUAAGAGACAUUGAGCAAUAUUACAGUACCCAAAUUGAUGAAAUGCCGAUGAAUGUGGCUGAUUUGAUAUGAGGUCGGUCAUCUUGUGCAUUAGUAGUGUGGUUGAAUGUGACUGAUUUCUUAUCUUAUGCCUGGGAACUGGGUGCGUUCGUGUGAGUGUGGCGAUGAGCUGCUAUGUUUGUGGAUUGAUCGGUUUUCAGUCUUUUAUCCUGUAAUGAUAGUAGUAAACACUUGUGUUAUUCUUACACUCUGUUUUGAUAUGUUAUUAUUAUUAUUAAGAUUUUUUGCUUUUGCUCCAAA